ACAUGUACUUAGAAAUAAACGUAGAACUUUGCAAUUAUUUUCUAUUAAACAGAAAGGGAAUCUUAUCAAGUCAACGACAAUUAGUGUCUGAAACAAUCAAUAAUAUGUGUUACACGUGCCACGUUUCAUCUGUUAAUAUGUAUUAGCUUGUCAUUAGUUGUUAGGAACUUGCGAUCGGCUUAUCGUAGGAAAAAUGAUUUGAUGAAGUAUUUUUAAACAUUUUUUAAGUCAUCAGUCGGAGUAUCGUGCGUCGUAAUUUUUAUCACCGGCCUUUUAUCUCGAUUUUUAGAAAAUUGUAAAUACGUGUUAAAUAUGCAAUAUAUUGUCCGUCGGAAGUUACUGUUAUAACCAUAGUUAUAACACAAUUUUGCAUGCAAUUGCAAAAAGUCCGACGUCAAAAGCCAACAUUAUGAGAUGAUCUGUUGACUCGUUACUAUAUUGUUUGUAUUCAAAUUUUAUUGUAAUUAGAACAAUGCGAAAUUUUGUAGGUGACAUCGUCAUUUGCAUACUGCUACUGCUUUCAGUGACCCUUAUAUUUGGAGCUAGCGAAAUUAUCAAAUCUCUUGUGAAUACAGGGGAAAAUUUGUUAAAAACUUCCUCCUACAGCUGGAUCAUCAAAUUGUGUUUAAAUUUACUGAGUUAUGCCACUGUAUUAUUGCCAGGUUGCCUCAUAUACAAAUAUGUACGCCACACCAAAUAUAUUCAGAGAGGAGGCAAAGGUUGUAUACACAGAUUAGUACAUGAAUGUUUUGUCGGCCACUGUGAAACAGGGCUUUUGGAUGCUUCUUAUACAAGCACACCACCAAAUAGUCAACGUACUUUUACACAAGAUGCUUUGUUACUCAUGUAUUGUUUCUUUGGACUACAAGUCAGUUAUUUGACAUGGGGUUACUUACAAGAGAAGAUAAUGACUCAGGAGUAUGAGAACGUUGCUGGUAACAAGGAUCGUUUUCAAGACUCUCAGUUUUUAGUGUUCGUAAAUAGGAUUCUUGCAUUCUCGAUGUCGGGACUAUAUUUAUUAAUUCAAAGACAGCCACAACAUAAAGCACCCCUCUACAAAUACGUAUUUUGCUCUUUAUCAAAUAUCAUGAGCAGUUGGUGCCAGUAUGAGGCUUUGAAAUACGUCAGCUUCCCAACGCAGGUAUUGGCAAAAGCUUCCAAAAUAAUCCCAGUAAUGGUAAUGGGAAAGAUAAUAUCGCGAACCACUUACGAAUAUUACGAGUAUGUUACCGCUGUACUCAUUUCUGUUGGGAUGACACUGUUCAUGUUGGAUAGUACUGAUCAUAAAAAUGACGGAGUUACUACUGCGUCUGGUAUCAUUCUCUUAGGAGGCUAUUUAUUAUUAGAUAGUUUUACAAGUACCUGGCAAAGUGCAUUAUUUGUCGAAUACGGGGCUACAAGCGUACAAAUGAUGUGUGUAGUUAAUAUGUUCUCCUGCUUACUGACUGCUAUGUCCUUAUUUCAACAAUCUAGUUUUCCUGUUAUACUUUCUUUUAUGAUAAAGUAUCCUAGGUUUAUCGUGGAUUGCUUACUUAUGUCAAUUUGUUCAGCGACUGGCCAGUUGUAUAUUUUCUAUACUAUUUCUAAAUUCGGCCCAGUAACGUUUGUCAUCAUGAUGACCAUACGACAGGGUUUAGCUAUUUUAUUAUCCUGUUUGAUCUAUCACCAUCAUAUAACAGUAUUUGGUAUAAUUGGUGUAAUAGUAGUGUUCGGCUCAGUAUUCUUACAAAUAUACUGUAACAAUCGUUUGCGCGCAAUCAGGAGACGUAGAGCUGCGGCGAAUACUAUAAUAUAGGUACAAAUUUUGAAGAGUUUUAUAUUUCCUUUUUAAAUACACACCGAUUUCGUCAACUGUUUGUCGUUACUGAAAUCUACUGACUAUUUCACACACGCUGGGAGAAAAAAAUCUGUUAUCUUUUAUAGCGGUAUUCGAUGACGUAAUUUCGAGCAAAGUACCUUUAAACGAAAUGUAUUUUAUAAUCUCAUUUUACUUAACACUGUACGAUUAAAUCGGAAGGAUGCAUUAUUUAUUCUAA